AUGGCGGCCACAGCCUACACCUCGGUCCGCAGGUGUUCCACGUCCUCGACAGGGUCGUCUGGGUCGGGCUACAGCGACGCAGAGGCAGGGGCGCUACCGUCGGCAUCCAAAACGAGCGCGGCGCGAUACACGGACGUGGACGGCGAUGACUACUACGAGGAAUACAACAAGUUCGAUAACGGCACAAAAGGCGAGGCCUUGUCGUCGUCGCAGCCCCCCUUCCCCGCCAACGCGACGCCCAGCCCUGCCAACUUCUUGCCCCGCGUCGAAACGAGCCUGACGCCCAUGUCCAUGGACAGCGACCUGUUUCCCGACCGUGAUUUCGACGGCAGCAGAGGAGAGGACAAGACGGGCAGUCCGAGGCAGCUAGAGCAGCAACAACAGCAGCAGCAGCAGCAGUCGACAUCACCGGCUUCGGCGAUACCAACUUCUGGAAAGUGGUCGUCGUCGUCGUCGCCGCCGUAUGCUGUGCGACCGGGCCACGGUUACGAAUACACAAAUACAAGCACAACAUCCGUCGAGACAGCAUCGCCUGCGGCACCAGCAACGGCGGCCAUGCGGCUACCACACGCGUCGGCGACAUGUCCGGCGGCGGCAGCAGCAGCAGCAGCUUCGGUUGUGGCGGCGGCGUCGGCGGCGGGAGACAAGCAACGAGAUGUCUCGGGUGCACGCCAAGACGAUGCAACAGAAAUAGAAGCGGCAGCGUCGCACUCAUCCAGGAACAAACAGAGCCACGACGGCGGCAGCAACAGUGGCAGCAGCAGGGCGGGUCAUGAUGAAAUGGGCGAGUGGGUGAUGGGCUGGAACGACGAUGCAAGGGAGGGAAAUAAGGGAGAAGAGGCAGAGGCCGGUCUGCUGGCAAUCUCGCCUAAGAACCCGCGCCAGCGCCGUGCUGGGACGACGCCGCUGUCGCUGGAUGUGCUGCAGAUGGUCAGGGGGAACGAGGAAGAGGAGGGCGAUAACGAUAAGGAAAGGGAUAGCGCCCCAGCACCGACCAACACUGCCACUGCCGCUACCGCUACCGCUACCGCUACCGCUACCGCCUCCUGCUCUCCUACCACUGUUACUACUACUACCACCACCACCACCACCCAACCCGCUUCGGCCGUGCGGACGGAAAAUAUCAUCGGGACCAACAACAACAGCAACCGUAAUAAUAAUAUUAUUAGUAGCAUCGGCAAUACCGCCGUCGUGCCCCCGAAUACGAGCCCGGCUGCAUCCGUCUCGUCACCUUCCACCAUCUUCUCCGCCCCCGCUGCAUUUACCCGCCAACUUUCCACAACUUCGUCACCCUCUACCAGCAGUCUCGUCUCCCAGAUUCAGGAGAACCUGCUACUGCAGCAAAACCUCCCCUCCUCCUCGUCGUCUGCCGCCAAUCUCGUGCGACCCGUCGCCAAACCCAUUGUCCGAACUACUUCCGAUUCCAACUUCACACUCAAACAUCCCAUUCCCGAUCUCAACUGCCGCUCCGGCGCCUACACCGGCAACGUUGCCGCCCUCGAGAAGUCGGCCGAGCGCCUAUCCAUGACCAGCUCCAUCGAGGACGCCAUCCGCGACCUGCAUGGUGAACUGAAGCGCUCCGACUCCCGCCGCUCCUCCAUCCUUGCCGCAAACCUCGCCGCCGCCGCCGCCGCCGCCGCUGCCGCCUCCCCAUCCCAGAUCGACGAGUCCUCGGCCCAGCCCGGCCCCCUUCGCGUCCUCCCUCCCGUCGCCUCCAUCGUCGAGCUCAACAACGCCGCUCGCUACGGUGGAUACUCCCCCAGCGGCUACGUCAUGUCUCCCAACCACUCUUUGACCGGUCGCCUGCGCUCCGGCUCCAAGAACUCCUCUGGUCGUCCCGAGAUCGACGUCGAUGCCAUCUUGUCGCGCCACGGCCCCGGCAAGGGCUCCAGUAGGAGCGUUCGCUCCGCCAAGCCUUCCCUGGCUGAGAUUUCCGAGUCGGAGCCCGUCGCCCUGACCGGUCGCGUGCUCGAUGAGGCCGACCAUGCUCCCGUGCCAGUGACCGCCGCCGACGAUGCCACCAUUCGCCGGCCCAACACCCGCCACGACGAGGACCGCAGCGGCAGCUACCACGACAUGCUCGGCGAGAUGGAUCAUCAAUCGUCGGGUCUUGGCCUCGACUUUGGCGGCGACAACGCCGGGCAGGAGUCGGAUGACAGGCCGCCCACCCCCAAGUCGACCUCGACCUUUGACCACACCAAUGUGUUUGGCGACUUUGACGGCGUGCACUGCCAGCCCGAAGAUGUCGAGCGCGCCUACGACUCCCACGAACCCACCGACGGCGCGCAUCGCGAGGGACCCAUCAUGCCCAGGCCGCAGGUGAUGCCUAUGCCGGAUAUCCCCGAGCCCCAGUGGGAGCCGGUGGCGCGGCGCGUGCCGCCCACGAACAGGGCCGGCACGGGCAGGCCGCAGUCGUACUUUGACCCGCUCACCGGCCAGGAGAUGCUUUACUACCCCGCCCGCGUACCGGCUAUGCUCAACCUGCCGCCCAAGCUGUCCAAGAAGCCCAAGACCGAGGUUCGCAACGCGAGACAUUCAAAGGUGCUGCAGGCAAUGGGCCACCCCGGGUUUGGCAAGGCCGAGUACCUGCCUCAGGACCCCGAGGCGGGGGUGCGCGAGUCCAAGAUGUGGCUGCCCGACCCGCUCGCUGGCCACGGCAUGACCACCUUUGGCGAUGUUGCCGAAGGCGAACCUUCUGGGGAUGAAUCGAUGAAGUCGCCCGUCCACGAUUCACAUUUGCCGUCGGAGCAGGCCGACGCGCUGUUGGCGCGUCGGCAAUCUGAGGACAUGCCACAGCAGCCUCCGUCGCCCACCCAGCAACGGCGCAAGUCAAAAAUGCUAAGGGCUUCCCAGCUGCCACCGCAACUGCGUGCGAGCGCUUUUUUCGACCUGCCAUCAAUAUCGCCCAAAAUCGAGAUCAAGGAAGGUUCACCCAUGGCCACGCUCGACAGCAUCCUUGACGCGUCCACGACCGCACCGGUCAGCGCCUUCACGGACCACGCCUUUGCCGGCAAGCUCGGUUCCGAGGUGUACGGCCCCGACAAGAAGAAGAACAGGAAGUCGGCCGCACCCACCGUCCUGCUGCCCGAGGAGCACGUCAGGGCUGCCUCGCAGAAGAAGAAGGGCGGCCUCAUGCCUUUUGGCAAGAAGUCGGAUGACGGAUCCCGGAAAAGUUCGAUGGCCGACGGCAGCAGAGAAGAGAACCAAGGCUUGUCUGAUCACGUCGAUGGGGAUGGCGUGGACAGGCCCGAAGGCGAGGGCUCGGAAGAUGACGGCGAGGAAGAGAAGGAAGAAGAGGAGGACGAGUUCGCCGGUGUUCUCGACGGACCCCCCACUACCCUUCUCGCCGAGCUGCAGCUGCGCAAGUAUCACGCAAGGAUGCGCACCCAGAACCCGAACCGCAACGUCGGCCAGAACGGUAUGCACGCCACCCUCAUCGAGCUGGACGCCGUCGCCGAGGCCCAGAAGAGGCACCGCGAGAAGAAGAAGAUUGCGCUAGCCUGGGAAGACGGGGCCAAGGAUGAGGACGGCAGUUCCGACGAAGACGACGUCCCGCUCGGCGUGCUGUACGCGCAUCAGCCCGCCAUCGCCGAGAUGCACCGCCCCAUGGGUCUGAUGGAGCGCCGUGAUCAGGAAGAGAACGAGCCUCUCAGCGCCCGCCGCGCCCGUCUGCACGGCCAGCAGCCGCCGCCGAGGACUUUGGCCAAGCAAAGGAGCCAUUUCACCCUCAACGCCGGUCUGAGCCAGUUCCGACUUCACCAGAUGCAUUCAGCCGAGCACCUGAGGCCCCGGGAGGAGUCGGAUGACGACGAGGCCGUCGAGGGCGAAACCCUCGCCGAGCGCAUGCGUCGCCUAAGGGCAAAGGACGAGGCCGAACACAACAACCUCCCCAGCACCCGCCCCGUCAGCAAGAUGUUUUCCGAGGAGAUUUUGGCUCAAUUCGGCGAACCGGACAAGCAGCCCGAAGACAAGGGCAAGGAGGUCAAGGUCCAGCCCAACGAGGCAGAGGAGACGCUCGGCCAGCGGAGGAAGAGACUGCAGGCCGAGCGCGAGGCCCGCGAUCGGGAGAUGAUGCUGAGCGGCGGCCCCGUCGAGCCCGAGGCGUCCGCCUUGCGCAGGAAGCACAGCUUGGCCGACGUCCUCGCCUUGCACCCCACGGUCCAGAACCCUGCCUGGGAAGAGCAACGCCGCCUCGAGCAGGAGCAGCGCAAGGUCAAAGAACAGGAGGCAAAGCUUGCCGCCGUCCGGGCGCAGAUGCCCAAGACGCUCACCGGGCCGAACCUGCAGCGGACCGGCGGAUACAUGAACGGCGCCUUCAACGACGGCUCCGGCGGGCUCGACCACCACAGGCCGGCGGUCAGCAACGGCGUCGGCGUCGGCAUGGGCCCUGGCGGAUGGAACCGCUCCAGCAUGGCCUUCAGCAACUAUGGCGCGCCGCUCCAGCAACCCUCCUACGGUGGGCUCAUCGGCCAAGCGGGCAUCGCCCACAUGUCGCAGAACCCGACGAACGGCUACGGGGGGUACACCGCCGGCGGCAUGGGCGGCAUGGGCGGCAUGGGCGGCGUAAACCCGUACGGCGGAGGCAUGGGCAUGCCGAUGCAGAUGCAGCCCAUAGGCGCCGGGAUGGGGAUGCAGCAGGGCAUGGCGCCGAUGCAGAUGCCGAUGCAGCCUGGGCACAACGGGCAGAUGCAGUCCAUCGAGCGCUGGCGGCAGAGCGUCAUGUACUAG